AUUGACUUCAAGUACGCUUAUGAAUGCACGUUGACGAGCAUGACAUUCAAAUACAGCAAAGAAUUGAGCUAAGAGAUAAAAAAAAAAACAACUUGAAAGCCGCUAUUCGUGAUGAACUACGUCAGCGAUUGUAAGCGGCUCAAAUUUCUCCCCCACUUCGAAUGCGACAAAAACCCACAUCUGAAUGCUGACGAACGGUCAUCUGCCGAACUGAUUUCUCUCAUCUUCUUUGGCAUUUAUAAGCGAGAAAAUUCAACGGUAAGGUAUCCAGUCCCAUUUCGACUUCAACCAACAACAAGAUGUUUCUCAAGGCUUUUAUUAUCCUUUCUAUCCUUUUCUGCUUGGCAACGGCUGCUAGGAUUACCCCAAUUGCUCCUGCAAGCGAAUUCAAGCGUGACCAUUUCAGUUUGGAGUCUUUCGGCCAUGGCAAGCAUCAUUCACAUGCGUUAAAAACGAUUCGAUCCCCUUUCGGUUCUUCAAACAAAGCCGUUGAAAGAUCAUUUCCUGAGAAUGGAUUGGAUUCAGCUGGACCAGGUGCUCCUGCAUACGGUAGUGUUGGAGGAGCUGGAUUUGGUUCCCCUGUGGGCAAUUUCAAUGGGCCAACGGGCCAAACUAAUCUAGGCGCAGCCGUUGUACACCCGGGAUCAUUUGGUGGGCAGCAAAGUGCCUUUGGAGGACCAUCUGCAUUUGGAGUACAGUCCGCUUCGUUUGCUGGGCAGCCUGGUUCGUUUGGAGGCCAAUAUCCAUCUUUCGGAGGCCAACCUGGAUCUCCCGUUGGUCAACCAGGACCCUUUGGUGGUCAUCCGAACUCGUUUGGUAGUCACUCUGGUUUGUCUGGUGGCCAAGCUGGAUCCUACGGUGGAGCGCAAGGAGCAGCUCCAGGAUACAGCGGUGCUGCUCAAGGCGGUUACGGUGGAAAUUCUGGCGCAGGAAUGCCCUAUCAGUUUCAAUAUAGUGUCAACGAAUACGGCAAUAACUUUGGACACUCGCAAUUGAGCGACGGUAACCAAGUCAGUGGACGCUAUUACGUGCAGCUGCCGGAUGGCCGACUUCAAACUGUGGACUUCAAGGCAGAUCCAUUGAACGGCUACACCGCCGACGUCCAAUACCAAGGCCAAGCCCAAUACCCAAGCAAUGAAGGAAGCUACGCUCUAGGAUUAGGAAACGGUGGUGGUAUUGGCGGCGGGUCCGUUGGACAACUACCACUUGCUUUCCACGAUCAAGGAAACCAUGGAAGUGGUCUUCCUGGCUCGUCUGGAAGCUAUACUGAUUCCGGUGCUUUUAGCGCCAAACCAUAUUAAAAGGUUGA